GGAACGGAUGACAGUAUAGUGAGAGAGGGAGUGAACGGCCACGCUGUCUGGAAGAGAAAAGUGUUUGUUGCAAACAUAUCUCGACUGUCAACACACUGUACGUUGGCCCUCUUGCUGGAAGGAGAAAACCUGCUGUCCGGGAUCAUACGUUAGACUGUGAUUUAACAACAUGUCAGCUAAAGCCAUCUCUGAGCAGACGGGGAAGGAAUUCCUCUACAAACAUAUUUGCACUACAGCUGCCGUACAGAACCGUUUCCGCUAUGCCAAUGUGACUGCAGAAACCGACUGGGAGCGGCUGGUCCAGGAUCAUCCCUGGCUUCUGACGGAGCGAUUGGUUGUUAAGCCGGAUCAGCUGAUCAAGCGCCGGGGAAAGCUGGGACUGGUGGGUGUGAACCUGGAUCUGAAAGAUGUGAAAGAAUGGCUCAUGCCCCGUAUUAUGAAGGAGACAACGGUGGGGAAGGCUAAAGGCAUUCUUAAGAACUUCCUGAUUGAGCCCUUUGUUGCACACAAGCAGGAGGAGGAGUUUUAUGUGUGUAUCUACGCCACGCGAGAGGGCGAUUACAUGCUCUUCCAUCAUGAGGGAGGUGUGGAUGUGGGAGAUGUGGACUCCAAAGCUCUGAAACUCUUGGUGGGAGUGGAUGAGAAGAUUGACCCUGACACAGUAAAGAGUCAACUCCUCCAACAUGCUCCUGCUGACAAGAAAGAGGUGUUAACUAGUUUCCUGGUGGGCUUGUUCAACUUGUACGAAGACUUGUACUUUACAUACUUGGAGAUCAACCCUCUUGUGGUCACAAAAAAUGGAGUGUUUGUGUUGGACAUGGCUGCUAAAAUCGAUGCUACAGCUGAUUACUUGUGUAAGGCCAAAUGGGGUGAUGUGGAUUUUCCCCCUCCCUUUGGAAGAGAGGCCUAUCCUGAGGAGGCAUACAUUGCAGAUUUAGAUGCUAAGAGUGGUGCCAGCCUCAAACUCACUCUUUUGAACCCACGUGGACGGAUCUGGACUAUGGUGGCAGGGGGCGGAGCUUCUGUCGUGUACAGUGACACAAUCUGUGAUCUGGGUGGAGUCACUGAACUAGCCAAUUAUGGCGAGUAUUCAGGGGCUCCAAGUGAGCAGCAGACCUACGACUACGCCAAAACCAUCCUCUCCCUCAUGACCCGCGAGAAACACCCCGAUGGUAAAGUCCUGAUCAUUGGAGGCAGCAUUGCCAACUUCACUAAUGUGGCAGCAACAUUCAAGGGUAUUGUCAGGGCUAUCAAAGAUUACCAGAACCCUCUGAAAGAGCAUGAGGUUACGAUAUUUGUCCGACGAGGCGGCCCAAACUACCAGGAAGGUUUAAGAGUGAUGGGGGAAGUUGGAAAGACCACUGGGAUCCCCAUUCAUGUGUUUGGCACUGAGACCCACAUGACCGCUAUUGUCGGAAUGGCACUAGGUCACCGACCAAUCGCCACACAGCCUCGCGGUGCCGCCCACACUGCCAACUUCCUUCUCAACUCUAGCAGCGGUGCCACAACUCCCGCCUCCACAAGAUCUGCUUCUUUCUCUGAAGUCAAGACUGGAGCAGAAAGCUCUUCAGCUCAAAAGACUCGACCUGGAGUUCCAGCAGUCAAAAGCACCACUCUGUUCAGUAACCACACCAAGGCCAUAGUGUGGGGGAUGCAGACACGUGCUGUGCAGGGCAUGCUGGAUUUUGAUUACGUGUGCUCCCGUGAGGAGCCGUCAGUAGCAGCCAUGGUUUACCCCUUCACUGGAGACCAUAAGCAGAAGUUUUACUGGGGUCAUAAGGAGAUCCUGCUGCCAGUCUAUAAAAACAUGGCUGAUGCCAUGAAGAAACAUCCAGAGGUGGAUGUGCUCAUCAACUUCGCCUCCCUCCGUUCUGCCUACGACAGCACUCUGGAGACCAUGCAUUACACACAGAUCCGCACCAUAGCGAUCAUAGCUGAGGGGAUCCCAGAGGCAAUGACUCGCAAGAUCAUCAAAAUGGCAGAUGAGAAGGGAGUCACCAUUAUUGGCCCUGCAACGGUUGGUGGUAUUAAACCGGGCUGUUUUAAGAUUGGUAACACUGGUGGAAUGCUUGAUAACAUCUUGGCUUCUAAGCUGUACAGGCCAGGCAGUGUUGCCUAUGUGUCUCGCUCUGGAGGAAUGUCCAAUGAGCUCAACAACAUCAUCUCACGCACUACUGACGGAGUCUAUGAAGGAGUUGCCAUUGGAGGAGACAGGUAUCCAGGCUCUGUGUUUAUGGAUCACGUUUUGAGGUAUCAGGACACACCAGGAGUGAAGAUGAUCGUUGUGCUUGGAGAGAUUGGAGGAAAUGAAGAGUACAAGAUUUGUAAGGGUAUUAAAGAGGGCAGAAUCACCAAACCUGUAGUCUGCUGGUGUAUUGGAACCUGUGCCACCCUGUUCUCCUCUGAGGUCCAGUUUGGCCAUGCUGGAGCUUGUGCCAACCAGGCAUCUGAAACUGCAGUUGCUAAAAACAUAGCUCUUGAAGAGGCUGGAGCUUGUGUGCCUAAGAGCUUUGAUGAACUGGGUGAUGUCAUCAAAUCUGUUUAUGAUAAUCUGGUCACCAAAGGUGUGAUUGUGCCUGCCACAGAGGUCCCUCCGCCCACAGUGCCAAUGGAUUACUCCUGGGCUCGUGAGCUAGGUCUGAUCCGUAAACCGGCGUCCUUCAUGACUAGUAUCUGUGAUGAAAGGGGGCAGGAGCUCAUUUAUGCUGGUAUGCCCAUUACUGAGGUGUUCAAGUCUGAGAUGGGACUGGGAGGAACCCUCGGUCUGCUCUGGUUCCAAAGGAGGCUGCCGCGUUAUGCAUGUCAGUUCAUUGAGAUGUGUCUGAUGGUGACAGCUGAUCAUGGCCCAGCUGUGUCUGGAGCUCAUAACACUAUAGUGUGUGCACGUGCUGGCAAAGACUUGAUCUCCAGCCUCACCUCUGGACUCCUCACCAUAGGGGACCGGUUUGGGGGUGCUCUGGAUGCUGCUGCCAAGCAGUUCAGUAAGGCAUUUGACAGUGGCAUGCUGCCAAUGGAGUUUGUCAACAAAAUGAAGAAAGAUGGCAAACUCAUUAUGGGCAUCGGACACAGGGUGAAAUCAAUCAAUAAUCCCGACAUGCGAGUGCAGAUCCUGAAAGACUUUGUGAAACAGAAUUUCCCUGCCACUCAGCUGCUCGACUAUGCUCUGGAGGUUGAGAAAAUCACCACCUCAAAGAAACCAAACCUUAUCCUAAACGUUGAUGGUUUUAUUGGAGUGGCAUUUGUGGAUCUGCUGAGGACCUGUGGCGGCUUCACACGUGAUGAGGCAGAUGAGUUUGUGGAGAUUGGAGCACUGAAUGGAAUAUUUGUCUUGGGUCGCAGCAUGGGAUUCAUAGGUCAUUAUCUGGAUCAGAAGAGGUUAAAACAGGGUUUAUACCGCCAUCCUUGGGAUGAUAUUUCUUAUGUACUACCAGAACAUAUGACCAUGUAAUGAUGAAAGCUAGUUAACGGUUAACUUCAAUUUACUGCGGGGUCAGAACUGAAUAGAACGGAAUCAAAAGAAGUUUUCAUAUUUGUUAAUGUAAAUGCAUUCCUGUAAAUGUGGGUGGGUUUGUGUGCGUUGCUGCUGUUGUUGUUGUUGUUUUGUUUGUUUCUUUUGGGGGGGGGGUGUGUGAUCUUGUGUAUGCAAGAAUGUAAAACUGAAUUACUGUCUUGCUAUAAACUCAAGUUGUAGUCAAUAACUUAAAUUACCUAGCUUUCAUUUGCUGUGUUGCUAAGUCAUUUAAAACUGUGAAAAAACACUAAAACAUUCAAAAUCUCUGUAUUUAAUAUGUCUUGCUUAUAUCUAAACCACGUACAUUUAGUCAUAUAGUCAUGAUACAUUGAAAGUCUAAAAGGGAAAUAAGAUUAGAAACUAGAACACCUGGUUGCUGCAUGUCUUUAAGGAGACGUGUGAUUAAACUGAAUCACAUCCUCCGACUUAAGCGUCUCGAUAGCUUUAAUAUAAACAGUGUGUUAUUAGCAGAUAACAGUAGCUACAUAUGUUUAAAUGUCCUAUUGUCCAAUCAGCUAAUAUGCAGGAAAAAAAGUGUCACUAUUUUUUAAUAAUUAAUGUAUAAAAAUCAAAGGAAUAUUUUGAACGACAAUGCUUUUGUUAGUCAUACAGCGUGCCAUAAACUACUCCAUCAUGUUUACAGUCCAGCUGCCAUUUAACAGUGCAGCUGUAUGAAGAUCAGAUGAAGCAGUACAGUGUCUGAAAUGAAGUUGAUUAAAAAUAAAAUUCACUACUAUUCA